AUGCCGGUACGCCGUCCAACAGCGUAUGUGUCCGAUAAGAAUUCUAAUGAUGAGAAAGAAGAUGACGAGGACAAGGACGGCGAACGAAAGACAUCUCCAUUAGAUGUCCCUAAAAAACCAGCUACCCCAGACCAGCGACUUCUCGAGCUCUCAAUGAAGUACCGACAACAGAAUUGCUCUCCAGACAGAGCAACACUAACAUCGGGUACCAAAGCUACAUGCGGAUGA